AUGUCUGGAGCAAAAGUUUUUCCACUAAGAAACCUCUCUAUCAGGGGUGUAUUUGGAAAGUUGGGAGAGCCAGAGAAGCCAGAGGGUGGAGAGAGAGAUGUGGGAGGGUCACGAAGAAGAUACAAGAAGUCGAAACUGAAGGUGAGGGUGGGCCUACCAAGGAAAAACCCUAACGUAUGCAAGCCGGCGUUCUCCCUUCCUCCGAAGCUCCGCUCCUUGCUUCCGCAAGACCCCAACUGGGACGGCAAGGCCAGCGUCAUCCAAAAUUACAAGUCCUUCGGCGUCGUAUCCAAUCCCAACUAUCUCGGCGUCCGAUCCCGCACCUCUCACAUCAUCGAAACCGAAUCUCUCCAGGUCCCCCACCCGUCCCUUGAACCCGAAGCCGCCCCCACGGACUACGACCCUAUCGCCUCUGAUUUGAAAUCAGCACUGGGAAAGCAGCGAAGUGAUGGAAAAUCUGCACCACCACAACCAUUGACCGCAAUGCAGCGUCUUCAUAUUGGCCAGUUGAUUGAGAAAUAUGGAGAUGAUUAUGAGAGAAUGUUCAUGGAUACAAAGCUAAAUUCCACGCAACAUUCAGUUGCAUCUCUGGAGAAACUUUGUAAAAGGUAUCACAUGCAUAAAGAUAGGAAUCCCAUAAUGGUUUCCAGUUGACAAUAGCUUUAUUUGGAGCUGCGAUGCCUUUUGAACCUUUGGAACUAAGUAUGUUAUUCCAGGCCUCAAUUUGUUGUAGGAUGAUUUUACUGAUAAAAAAAAAAGUUGUGUAA